AUGCUUGAUUUUAAAGAAGAACAAAGAAAAAAAGGCGUUCAUUAUGAUAAUCUGGUAGAAACUGCUAAAGCCGCGGAUCCUGUUUGGAGGGAUGCACCACCUUCUGUCAGAAAGAGGUUCGAAGAAAUGGCAAAAAAAGCAAAACAGAAAUAUAAUUUGGCUGAUAUGAAAUACACUUCUACAGGUGUGCCUCUUGUUGAAAUUGAAAAACGUGAAAGAGAAAUACAGGAAGCCCAAGAGAUGGAGCUAGAAGAUAUUAAGAAUCUAGUAACACUGAACUGCGUCAAAGGAAAUAUAUUAACAGAGGACUUCUAUGUCAUGGAUGUUAAUUUUUACUGCAAGGCUGGCACGCACUAUGUUAUUGGGGAAAGCACAGUUUUGAGAUUUAAUCUAAGGGAUGGCAUUAUAGAUAACUAUCAUGAAAUAAUAAAUCCCGGUUCCAUACCAACUGGUUACGCUCACGAUGUGAAACUGGGGAGCAGCGAAUUGGGCUUGACAAUGCCUGACGAAAGUUUGCCCCGCAGCAACUACAUGCAGAUACUGGCAAAUAUUGUUGACUAUCUCAAGCAGCAGAACAGCAAUUCCAAUAUCCUACCGCCUAUUUUCACCAUUCCAGAAAAAGUGCAGCCAAUACAAGACUUCAUUCUGCAAAUGUGCAGUAAAGCCGCCGAAGACGAAACUCUAUUUCGCGUGUACAAGUUAGACACGCUAUUCUACAAUCUAAUAAAUGCAAUCAAGACAUGUGGAAAUGAGGGCUUCCCAAAGGAGUCCCUUGCUUUGGUGCAACUCAAGAAGGAUCUCUUUAAAUACAACCCAGGCUUAGGUUGCGAACACCACGAGGAAGAAGACAAAUCCGUGGAAUGUACUCUGUCGCGGACAAAGCGCUGGGUCUUCACCAUACUAGACAGCUGUUGCCCCAUAGCUGGGAUUGAUGUGGUGCCUGGUCGCCACCUGCCGUUCGACUAUGAUAUGGAUGGCAUUUUGAGCAUGAAGGAGCAAAAAAGAGGACGGAGCGCCCCAUCUAUUGCUGGAAUACCGGGACUCUCAUCGUGCAACACAUCUACGGUAAAUGAAUCCCUCAAUGACUCCACAGUCAACAGCACUGCAGAGUUUUCUGUAUCAGGCGUGAAAAACGAAAAGAGAGUGCACAAGCCCUUGAGAAUGCCAAAGACGGACUACUCUCAAACCAUCCGUCCAGCCCCAGAGUUAACGGAAUCAAACUUCCCCAAGUUAACCGCUGGUCAUGGAAGAGGCCGCGGUAUGUCUGCAAGUUUCAGCAAGUUAAAGCUUGACAAG